AUGAUGCUCAGCGACUUUGUCGACAAGCUUGAAGUCAAGGACAUCCGCUUCGACUUGUGCUGGGCUUACGGCAACCUGCUGAGGGAGAUCCCCAAACGGCUUGGCACCAAUAUUGCCUUGGAUGCGGCGGUCAAUGCUAUCACCACUACUGCUUCUGACCUCAGCCUGGGAUACAAGUCUCCCGAGGCACUGGUACGAUACGGGCACGCCUUGACCGCCCUCCGCACCUGCCUCGACGAUCCUGUCUCAAGUCAGUCGUCAAGCACGCUAUGUGCAAUCUAUCUCAUAUGGAUUUGUCAGACAUGGAUUGGGAUAGAGCCAGAAUACAACUGCGGUCACGGUUCAGGCAUUGUCCAGAUAUUGGCAAAUGCUCCUUACAGAGACUCUAAAGACCCCUUCGAUACCAUGCUGCUCAUGACAUUAAGCGGUCCAGUCAUCUUCGAAAGUAUCUUCAAUCCAGAGGUCCAGCUAAACCCAUGGGUCAAAGAAUGGGUCAUGGAGCAGGAAAAGCCGUUGAUCGAGAACGCCGAGACCACGAAGAACACCGGCCAACCUCAAGCCGGCCGCAUCAUGUCCUGUCUUGUUCGCCUUCCAGAAUUCAUGCGCUACAACCCCGAUACCAUUUGGGAGCUUCGACAAAACUACCAGGCUGUCCAAGCUACCUCAAAAGUCAUGCGUGAGAGGCUUUCCGAAGCUGCAACAGCUAUGAAGAGCGGCGUACCGGCAGCUCCGCCCUUCAAAAACCCUCGCGCCAUGAUCCGAGUUGCGCCAAUGAGAAUACAUGCCUUCUAUCAGCGAACCUUUUCCAUCUUACUCGCUCUCGAAAUCAUUCUGAACGGAUUACUGCGAGCGUACUCGCCCGAAGACUACGUGCUGGAGGUCGAGAACGACCAAUUGACCCGCGAAAUCAUUGACCUCUCGCUAGAAGGGUCAAUAUGGAAACCGAUCGGCGCCGGCUGGGUGCCCGUGUGUCUCAUCAGUGCAUGGGGCGCCACCAUGGACCCAGCCAGGAAGACACAAAUCGAAAAAGUGUGGGAUGAGUCCUGGGCCGAGAUUUCACACCAUUCUCUCCCUUUUGCCGCGUCCUCGAUAGGAGACACGUUCGACCAGUUACGCCUUGCGGCUUUCCGCGGCAAGUCAAUGUCACCGUACCGGGUACCCUCGCCGUACGGUGUACCUACGACGACCGCUUUAUGA